ACAAACCCAGUAAUCUACUACUCAUCGGUACGACCCUCCCCGCAUUCUUAUCUAUCCCCAUCGUCUAUAUUCCCGCUGCCCUCCAAAAUCUCACUCACUUAUUUCCAAAUAGCUAGGAUGCUCCUUGUUUCUGUUAUUUCUUGUCUACUUAUUAGUGUUUUAGCAAAGGAUGCUGUUACACCUCGUGUCGGAUCUCAGUGCACAAAAAAUCAAGUCGUUCGUAAACUGACUGUAUAUGAAGACGGAGCACUUGAAGCUGAAUGUGGACCAGUUCCUUGUGGAGAAGUUGGAAAACGAUGCAUUGACGAUCAAACUUCUUGCCGUGCUGAAACCGAUGUUUUCUCCGGAAUGAGAUGGGCUCCAAACGGUGAGAGCAUCUUGCUCCGCUGUUGCACAAUGCAUGCCAAAAACAAGAUUUACGUAGGAACUGAUGUUGUUGCUGCUGGAAGCUUCUACGAAGGAGGAGAAGUUGCUGAAAAGGAUCUUUAUGGAGAUAAGGGUGGAGCUGAAUACGACUUCGUUGCCAAUGCCAGAACUGAACAAGGAGGAGUUCGUGUUUGGGUGUACCGUAUGAUCUGUGCCAAGGGAGAGAAACCGGUUGAUUUUGAUCCUAUCACUACUACUUCUGCUCCAAGAGUCAUUAAGACUACUCCAGCACCAACAACUACCCCAACUGUGGAGGAAGAAGCAGAGGAAGCUGAACAACUUGAAGAAGAUCAGCCUAAUGACAAUGAAGCUGAAAUUGUUGAGAGCAAUGAUGAAGAGGAAGUUGUUGAAGAGGAAACCGAGGAAGAAGAGGAAGUUACAACUACCCCAGCACCAAAACCAUUCAACCCACUUCGUUACCGUCCACCACACUUCCCAAGACAAUCGACUGGAAUCCGUAGAGCUUAAACUCGUGUGCCCUCACUAUUUUUUGUUACCUCUAUUUUUUUUAUUUCUUUCCUAUCAAGUUUGAUGAUCUUUUCUUCCCUCAUUCAAAUCCACUCGCAUUCAUUCCAAUGAGUCCAUAUCAAAACGAGUUUGUACAUUUUAAUAAGCUUUUCAUUUUAAUAAUACCGUUAAUAAAAUAUUUCUCUACAAUGUUUCCUUGAUCUAUUAUUUUUUGAAUUGCUUUUCCAUCAAGAU